UACGUCCAUUCCAAUCCUACGUCCUGAAGCCUAUCACAUCCCACCUCGACUAGUCACACAACACCUACAACCGCCCCCCCUAUAAAGCUUCAAGAAAUCAAACACAAAACUAUGCCUGAAUCAAUCAUCAUCCCCUCCGCCCACAAACCAGACGCCAAAAGCGCCAAACCCACGGCCACCUUUACAGGAGACGUCUACCUUGACCCGAUCCAUUUCGCCAGCGACGCCUCCAUCGCCAAUGUCACCUUUACUCCCUGCGCACGCACAUACUGGCACACCCACGAGAACGGACAGAUGAUCAAAGUGGUUGCGGGCAAUGGAUGGAUCUGCGAUAAGGGAGGGGUCCCUCGUCGUUUGAACACGGGAGAUGUUGUAUGGGCACCGGCGGGGACGACGCAUUGGCAUGGGGCGGAUGAGGAGAGUGUGAUGACGCAUUUUGUUGUUGGGUUGGGGAAGACGGUGUGGCAUGAGGCUGUUAGUGAGGAGGAGUAUAAAAGCAAAGGGGAGUAGAGGGAGUAGAAGGAUAUCAUUUGGGUCGACUGGUGUUGGUUGUGGGGUAAACGGCGGAGCAUGAUAUGAGUGGAGGGAGCGUUGUUCUGACUGAGUGUUUAUUAGUGGGAUUAGGAGCUGUAUAGCUGACGAAAAGACAACCUAUGAUCAAUGCAUAUUAUUAGCAUAGCAGAA